UUUUUCCCAUACAAAUAGCAAAUAAAUAAAAUGUAAAUUGUUUAGAUAGGUGUUAGCUAAAGAAAUUAAUACAAAAAACAAGGCUCACGGUACUCACCUGUCCUCACCAUGACGUCACGCAACCUGACGGAGGUCUUCAUUAUCAUGCGUAACAAUGCCAGCAAGAAUCGCAAUCAUUAUGACGAUCGGCGUGGCAGCGACUCGGAGCGUCUGCUCAAGCACACUGUGCGCGAGGCCGAGGAGGGACUGGAGUUGCAGGAUGAGUACGGUACGCCGCCGGUUUGGCUCGACAAAUUCGAGGAGGCGCAGUACACAAUGUCCAAAAUUAAACCCAAAUUGGAUGAGCUGGGGUCGCUGCAUGCGCGCCACUUGCUGCGCCCCACCUUCGAUGACCAAAGAGAUGACGAGUGCGAGAUUGAGGUGUUAAGCCAGAUCGUUGCCAAACUCAUCGCCAGCACCCACCGGCACAUACAGUGCGUCCGCUCCAGCCUGGGCAUGGGCAGCAAAGUGGAGCAACGCUUAACUGCCAAUGCGGUGCACUGUGCCCUGCUACAGCUCCAAGAUCUGACAAUAAAAUUCCGGAGUAGUCAAAAUGCCUAUUUGUUGCAGCUCAAUUCGCGCGAGGAGCGUUCCCAAAAGUACUUUGACAACAAUGAAUUCACCAAUGUGGAACUGGGCGGCGGCCAUAACGAUGAGCCGGCGAAUUUUGUCGACUCCUUUGACAAUUUUCUGCAGCCACUCGAUGGGUCAGUCAUUGGUCGUGGCAAGAGCACGGCGAGCACAUAUAUCUUUGAGGACGAUGACCAGGAGAUCGAUGAUCAUUUCAAGAAACCCGUCGCCAAUCGAAUGACCCAGCAGCAGUUGCUGCUCUUCGAGGAGGAGAACACGCGAAAUGCACAACAUCGCGAGCAGGAGGUGACCAAAAUCGUCAAGUCCAUCUACGAUCUCAACGACAUAUUCAAAGACCUGGGCCACAUGGUGCAGGAGCAGGGCACCGUCCUGGAUCGCAUCGAUUACAACGUGGAACAGACGCAGACACGCGUCUCCGAGGGAUUGCGGCAAUUGCAGCGCGCCGAAUUGUACCAGCGCAAGAAUCGCAAAAUGUGCAUCAUUCUCGUCCUGGCGGUUGUCACCUUCCUCAUGCUCUUGCUGCUGAUUCUAACCAAGCUGUAGUUUCGGCCCAAUUCCCUUCCAAAUGGGCCCCAGCCAGCAGUUUUUCCAUUAUUGCGUGUUGUUUCGUGUGUACAUUGUAAUUGUGUAAUGUAAAAUAUACGUUUUAUUUAUUUAUUACUA